AGAGUAGGAAAUGAAUCACAAAGCUAAAAAGCGAAUAAAAGAAGCAAAGCGCAGUGCCCGCCCCGAGUUGAGAGACUCUUACGACUGGACAAAACACAACUACCACGAAACUUUCUCUCUGUCCUUAAACACUGUCAAGGACAAUGUAGAAAGGAUAGAUGCUUUGGAGACAACUGUUGAAGAUUUUAUUGAGAAGUAUGAGAAACCAUAUAAGCCUGUGGUGUUGAUAAAUGCUGAGCGGGGAUGGGCAGCACAUGAAAAGUGGACACUGGAGCGAUUAAAGCGCAAGUACAGGAAUCAGAAAUUUAAGUGUGGGGAAGACAACGACGGUUAUUCUGUUAAAAUGAAGAUGAAGUAUUAUGCUGACUAUAUGGAGACUACAAAAGAUGAUAGUCCUCUGUACAUUUUUGAUAGUAGCUAUGGGGAGCAUCCUAAAAGAAGGAAACUUUUAGAAGAUUAUGAAGUGCCAAAAUAUUUCAAGGAUGAUUUGUUCCAGUUUGCAGGGGAAAAGCGAAGACCUCCAUACAGAUGGUUUGUCAUGGGUCCUCCAAGGUCUGGAACUGGAGUCCAUAUUGAUCCUUUAGGAACAAGUGCAUGGAAUGCUCUGGUUCAAGGUCAUAAGCGAUGGUGUCUAUUUCCUACAAAUACACCUCGUGAACUUAUAAAACUGACAAGAGAAGAAGGAGGAAACCAGCAGGAUGAGGCCAUCACGUGGUUUGUCAUUGUUUAUCCUCGAACGCAGCAACCAACCUGGCCCCAAGAGUUUAAACCUCUGGAAAUUCUUCAGAAACCUGGGGAGACUGUAUUUGUGCCAGGUGGAUGGUGGCACGUGGUACUCAAUAUGGAUCAUACUAUUGCUGUUACUCAAAAUUUUGCCAGCGCAACCAACUUUCCUGUGGUCUGGCAUAAAACCGUCAGAGGACGCCCUAAAUUGUCCAGAAAGUGGUACAGGAUCUUAAAGCAAGAACGGCCAGAACUUGCUGUAGCAGCAGAUUUGGUUGAUCUGCAGGAGUCAACAGGUAUUGCAUCAGACAGCUCAAGCGAUUCUUCUAGUUCGUCCAGUUCCAGUUCCUCAGACUCUGACUCAGAGUGUGACUCUGGUGCUGAAGGAGAUGGAAUGACCCACCGAAGGAAGAAAAGACGAGCCUGCAAUAUGAUGGAAGAUUGUAGUUCUCAGUCUCGUGAUGACUGUGUGAGCAAGGAACGCAGCUCUUCCAGGUGACAAGAAACACUGGAAGAGACCAACUUUGAAUCCUAAAUUAAAGAAUAAAACUACAGUGCAAGAUUAAAAUAAUUCAGUUGUAGGAUUUUAAAUUCAUAAAUAUCACAGUUUUCUGUUGUUGGUAGAUAUCUUUUGUUUGCUUCCUUGGUGAUUGUGAUUCUAAACAUAUAGCCAUCUAAGAACAUGGAAUGUCAAAUAACCAAUUUCUUUCGUGCAAUUAUCUGAUGUUGUAAAGAUAUUUUUGUAAACUUUCUCCAAAUUAACAGUAACACUGAGCUCUGAACAAUUAUCACAUCAGUGUUAGCUCAGAAUUAUUAGAUAAUUUUUAUUACCGGUGAUUAAUAUUUCUGUUCAAGUUUUGCUUGAACUAAAUAAAGUUGUACACUGAAUAAAUUGGACUUUACCCUAAAGCUCUCAAUUCAGAAAACAUUUUGUUCAUGACUAGAUUCAAAGGUUUUUCACAUUAGUUAUCUGCAUGGGUCUAAAACAUUGAUACCUUGAUAUCCUACUUAAUCAAUAAUUGACUCAACCAUCAGCAUAAAAAUAAUAUGCUAUUGAUCUGGUUGAGGAUGACAUACCAAAUAUUGAUUGAGAACAUAUGCAAUGAGACUACGCAAGUCAUUCUGGCCUGGAUAAAGAACUUGAGUCAUGCUGCAACG